GCCAAGACUCCCUCGGUUGCUAGCGAGCAUUCAUGCAAACCACAGAGCAAGCUACAAGCUAUACCUCAUAGUUUCAUUCAUUAUAGUACAUAAAUUCCGCAUUCGCGACCCAACGACAAGAUGACGAUCGAAGAGCAGCCCGAGCGGUUCAACAACACUCGUAAAGCCGACUUCAAAUCAAUCUACAAUCAAUCCGAUCCCCGCGCUUACUUCGCGGCUCUGACGCCGCUCCAAUACCAAAUCCCGCAGCAGGCACUUCCCUAUAUUAGCCGCAUUCUUCAGCACAUCUCCGCGAGGGACCCAUCCCCAACCACCAACGGCGAUGGUGCCGUGACCGCAGCAAACAAAGUCAAGGUCCUGGAUGUAUGCUCUUCGUACGGGAUCAACGCCGCUCUCCUCCGCCACGACAUCGAUAUCAACGCGUUGGCGGAACACUACGCCUCCACCCCGAAACUCUGCUCUCGGGAGCAGAUUGAGGCUGACGAGCGGUUCUUUGCGGGACGUAGAUUGCGGCGCGAGCAGGAUUGGAGAAACGAAGUGGAGGUAAUCGGUCUAGACGUCGCACCGGAAGCGAUAUCGUAUUCCCUAAAAACAGGCCUUCACGCAGCCGGCUUCACAGAGAACCUCGAAGCCCACGACCCAUCACCAGACCUCUGCCAAGCACUCCGCGGUGUGAAGCUCGUGGUGUGUACAGGCGGGGUAGGCUACGUCGGCGCCUCGACCUUCACCCGCAUCGCUGCCGCCGCGCGGGCUUCGCCUAGUUCGCCCUCGCAGUUGUGGAUGGUGACGUUUGUGCUGCGCGUCUUCUCGUUUGAUGAGGUCGCGGAGAGGUUGAGGACGGAGUUUGGGCUUGUGACGGAGAAGGUUGAGGGGAGGGUGUUUCGGCAGAGGAGGUUUUGUUCCAGCGAGGAGCAGAGGGCUGCGGUUGAGGAUGUUAGGCGGAAGGGGCUUGAUGAGAGGGGGUUGGAGGGGGAUGGGUGGUUUUGGGCGGAGUGUUGGGUUACGAGGCCUGGGGGUUCGAGGGGGGAGGUUGGGGUGUUGGUUGAUGGUCUUUGAGGUUGUUGUGAGAGAUGGGGUGUUGGUGGCUGAGUGUUCGCUCUCCUGUCUUGAUGAGUGUAGACUGGAGGAUUGGCUCGAUGGUCCGAUAUCUGGAACGAGUUGUAUAGUCCUUUGGGUAACAUAGGUAAGUCGAGAGUGCCGUCGAAGUAGUCUCUGUCGCUGGUCGUUUACCGUGCCUUUUGAUCCGCAGAUGACAGAGCCGAUGAUGUCGAAGAGACGAUCCUUAGAUGCCACGUAGCUGGAAUCAAUCCUCAGUCGGACCUGGUGUUUCUCGCAGAGUCUGGCAGCUUUGAAACCCAAGCGAUGGCGUAAAGGCAAGAUUCUGCCUCUCAAAAUAGAAGCGUGUGGUCGACAACUGUCUCAAAACGUUUUCCCAUGGUGCCGACCUGUCAGGUAGUCGGCUUGGGUCUCGCAGCCGAGCCACGUCAAACAUGGCGGCACUGUUGAAGCGUAGACUUGGAUAAGACUGGUGAUCCAUCGGGAUGGGCUGUCGGGUGACGAGCGACGAGGCAUGAAAAACUUGUACUGUUUCUCGAGGCUGAUCUCAGUUGGACUCGAUCGAUGAAUUCGUCAAGUUGUUCAGCGUCUCUCAGGUGACAGAGUUUUCCGACUUUGGUGACUGGAACUCGGUUUUGAUCCGGGCAGCGCUUGUAUGUCUGUCCGUCGGCGUGGAGUCUCGUGACGAGUCAACUUCCAUCAUGCAAUUAUGACAGUCAUUCGAAGCCCAGGUUUGUGUAGAAGUAACGCAUUGCUGAGGUACGUAAGAUGUUAGCUCUCCAGAACUCAACACUGGCUGUAAGGUCAACGGCAAUCGUGAGUCGACAUUGAGGUUUCAGGUAUUUGUCAAACCUUCUGCUUGGCUCUUUGGCACGCGCACUCUUUGCAUCUCUGAUGCUGGAGGGUACGAGGGAGUCGAUGCAUUGCGUCGUUUCUAGUUGUUUCCAAGGAAAGGCCACCCCAUUUGUCGCGGUUUGCAUCAAUGGUCGAUCGAUCGUCUCCUGAUAAGGUAAGGUCGCUCCUUAACAGUUCUUUAGCAAGUUGACAACUUUCAUUCGGACUCAACUAUUCCCAUGUCGAAAACGGUAACAAAAAGACUUUGCGCCAACGCCAAGGCAGCAACUGUCAUACUGGGCUGAGUAGAUUUACGCUUAAUACUAGCGUACCAUAAGGACCACAACCAACCAAGAAGGUGAAGUGCACUCGGACCUCAAGAGAACAGGAGAUUCUCACGGUUUGUCUCAGCUCGCAAUUUCCCUCAACUGGUGAACUGGUGAAUGCACACAGUUAAGAUGGUCGACUCGAUUCAGAGCCCCAUCUACCCACCACCGUGUCCAGGUGCACCUCGAUACCCGCAGACCAGUCACACCACUCACAACGUAGACCCGCGCCCCUCGGACACGCUUACCGUGGUAGGGUACAUUUCUAUAUGCAAACCGUUACGGAAAAGACCGAUUCGUG